GAAGACAGCCCCGUGGCAGGAUGAGAGAUCCUCCCCGGAUGAAAAUCGACGAUGUGUGCUGCCCAAAGGAGCUACCAUAUAAAUUGAAGGAGUUCCAGGGCAAAUGGGUUCACACAGUCCAACUCACCUCCGAAAUUGUUACCCAAAUCCAAAAAAGCGCUGAACACCGAAAGGUCGGAGUCGACCUUGAAAUUCCUCUGACGCGGAGCAUCUCCAGCAAGCGUCAAUUUGACAACGAGCAAGAAGCAAUAGAUGCCAUGGAGCCCUGCAUCAAUAUUCAACGCCUUCCGGAUGAGCCUAUGACCGUUUCGAAGAAAUCACCUAUUUCUGCCAAUAAACCAGAUCAUCCGGCAUGUCGCCUCGAAACUUUCAACCUCUAUAUCGAAAAAGGGCAGGACCUGUGGUCAAUUGUGGUGGCUAUCGACGGCUGAUAGAAUGUCACAUUUUCUGGCCGGACCUAACCCGUCUUUGGGGUUUCGACAAGUUGAGAACCAGCCUAGGAGCCUGUGUAAUUUUUGUGUGUCUCUCUCUCGACUUGAACGAACACUUUGAAC